AAGCUCAUUACUAUAUUAAUUGUUUUAGCAGCUAUAACUAAGAGAGCUCAGAUUCCUUUCUCUUCAUGACUUCCUGCUGCUAUAGCAUCUCCUACUCCUGUUUCUGCUUUAGUUCAUUCUUUUACUCUUGUUACUGCUGGUGUUUAUUUAUUAAUUCGUUUUAGACCAAUAUUGGAUACUUAUAAUUGUGGUUGAUUUUUACUUUUAAUUGGUUGUAUAACUAUAUUUAUGGCUGGAUUGGGCGCUAAUUUUGAGUUUGAUUUAAAGAAGAUUAUUGCUCUUUCUACUUUAAGACAACUUGGUUUAAUAAUAAGAAUUUUGGCUAUAGGUUAUCCAAAGCUUGCAUUUUUUCAUUUAUUGGCUCAUGCUUUAUUUAAGGCAUUAUUAUUUAUAUGUGCAGGUUCAAUAAUUCAUAAUUUGAAGGAUUCUCAGGAUAUUCGUUUUAUAGGUUAUCCAAAGCUUGCAUUUUUUCAUUUAUUGGCUCAUGCUUUAUUUAAGGCAUUAUUAUUUAUAUGUGCAGGUUCAAUAAUUCAUAAUUUGAAGGAUUCUCAGGAUAUUCGUUUUAUAGGAUCAAUUGUUAAUUUCAUACCUUUAACUUCAGUUUGUUUUAAUGUUUCUAGUUUAUCUUUGUGUGGAAUACCUUUUUUAGCGGGAUUUUAUUCAAAGGAUUUAAUUCUUGAGAUGGUUUGUUUAAGAUGAAUUAAUUGUUUAAUUUUUUUCUUUAUUUUUUUUUCUACUGGUUUAACUGCUUCUUAUUCUUUUCGUUUGUUUUAUUAUUCAAUAUCUGGUGAUAAUAAUUUUUAUUCUAGAUUUUCUUUUGAUGAUAAGGGUUAUUAUAUUUCAUUUGGAAUAAUUGGUCUAUUGUUUGUUGCUGUUUUUGGUGGUAGUCUUUUAUCUUGAUUAAUUUUUCCUAUUCCUCAUGUGAUUGCUUUACCUUAUUAUUUAAAGUUUUUAACUAUUACAGUUGUUAUUUUAGGUGCUUAUUUAGGUUAUCUUAUUUCUAAUUUUGAUUUUUCUCAUACUUUAUUUUCUUUAAGUAUACUUUCUUUUGUUAGAUUUGCUGGUUCUAUAUGAUUUAUACCUUUUCUUUCAACUAAGUUUAUUAGAUAUAUUCCUUUAAAAAUAGGUUAUUAUUCAUCUAAGUCAUUUGAUUAUGGUUGAGGUGAAUUACUUGGUGGUCAAGGUUUAUAUAGAUUAUUUAUUUAUUUAAUUGGUUAUAUUCAAGGUUGAUAUGAUUCUAAUUUCAAGAUUUAUCUUUUAACUUUUAUUUUUUGAAUAUUUAUUUUGGUAAUAUUGUUUUUCGUUUA